UCUUUUUCUCCCUCGUCGCAGCAGCCGAAAGACCCCCGAAAGCUCCAGCUCUUCUCGAUCCGUCUCCAAUGGCGAAGCGCCUCCUGCCAACCUUGAACCGCGUCCUCAUUGAGAAGAUCGUCCCCCCCUCCAAGACCAGUGGUGGGAUUCUUCUCCCAGAGAAGCUCAACAAGCUAAACUCCGGUAAAGUGGUGGCUGUUGGUCCUGGUGCACGUGACAGAGAUGGGAAACUCAUUCCUGUUUCUGUGAAGGAAGGUGAUACUGUCCUUUUGCCUGAGUAUGGGGGUGCAACAGUAAACCUCGGAGAGAAAGAAUAUCAUCUAUAUCGUGAUGACGACAUAUUAGGCACCCUUCAUGACUAAACCCGGUUGUCGCUCUGAAUCUUGUUUAGCAAAUUUUACCUUCAGAUGAAAUUCAGUCCAAGCCAGUUGUGGUGAUAAAGGGUCGUACUCUGUUGCAGCGAACAUAUAUGUUGCAGAGUAGAGUUGUUUGAAACUUUUGUGGAAAUUAGACCUUUGAUUACGAAUAUUUGAAGUUGCAUGCUGUCUCUAAUUUCUUCAGAAGCAAACUUUAUUUUGUGGAGGAAUGCACCAUUAACUUCAAUGAGAUUUAAAUUAUUGCCUUGGAUGAA